UCCAAACUGCAUUUUUCAUAGCAAGAAAUAGGACUCUCCUUCUUCCUUUCUGCAUGCGAUAGAUAUACUAAUUGUUAGCUAGAGAGGGAAAGAAAUAGAGAGAGAAGAGAAGUAAUUAAUUGCCAGCUUAAGCGUCUGAUCUUCACAAUGUCUGCGGCGGCGGCGGCGAGCGGCAGCGGAGGGAUGGACGGCGACGAUGACAAGAGGAAGAAGCUUGCUCUGCCCGCAGAUGCUCCAGAUCCAUUCAUUGAGAGUAGCGAUGAUGCUGAUGAUGAAUCUGCUCCAAUCGAGAAACCGGCUUCUCAACACCGCCGUCGGAAAUCAAAACCUGAUCCGAAAAGUAUUGGUAAGACCAGAACCGGAAAGAUUGGUAAGAAGCGCAUCACAAAACAUCCCAAAAUCCAAGAAGUUUUAAAUGAUAUUGAAGACAUUGAAACAAAAAUAUCAGAAGCACACACAGCUUUAGUAGCAAAAAGAGAGAGAUUAGAUGUUUUAAUCGACCAAAUGGCUGAGGAAGAAAAUAAAGAGGAAGAAGUGGACAAGAAGGAUACUGAUGAAAAAAAGAAGGCUACAGAUGAAAAAGAAGAAAAUGCUGAGAAAUCCAAAGGUGGAGCUUCUGGUUCUCAGUGUGACCACCCUAUGGCUGAAGCAGUCAACGACGAAGACAAGAAGGCUACAGAUGAAAAAGAAGAGAAUGCUGAGAAAUCCAAAGGUGGAGCUUCUGGUUCUGAUCAGUCUGACCAAUCUAUGCCUGAUGCCAACUUAUCUGAUGAUACGGCUCAUUACUCCAAGACGGAUGUAGUAAUGACGGACAAGAGUGAUUGAUCAGCUAGCCCAGGUCGUGACUCUAAGACUGAUGAGCAAAAUGGUGGAAAAAAGUGAUUGAUCACUACUCAGUUUUUCUCUUCUCUGCUGGUUUACAUAUGGUGAUUCUUACUAUCUGAACUUUGUUUUGAUCAUGCGUCAGGCAUGUGUUGGUGUUCCUUCAUUGUUUCAAACUUGAUGAUCAUUUUUUCUAGUUUGCAUUACUUCUACUGCUUUUGAUGCAGUUUGCUAUUCAUCUCAAUAUUAAAGCUUGUUCAGUGCAUCUUAUUCAGAUUAUGAAUGUUUGAUGUCAAGCUGUUUUCUCAUUGAUUAAAUGAUGAUAUGUGUAGUAGUCCUAGUC